AUGCGCGCCCUACCCGCCCCUCACGGGGUGGGCCCCGCUGCAGCCCAACGACCCUCGCCGCGGCCCCAGCCAUGCGCGGCCCGCUGCCCCGGCAGCGCCCCCAUGCUGCGACAGGCCUCCCUAGUCCGCCCGCCCCUGCGCGCGGCGCGUCCGCAGCGGCGCGUGGCAGCGGGAGCCCGCCUCUCCCGCAGCAGCACCAAGGACGUCCUCUCGACGCCGCCGUACGUAGAGCUGAUGCCGCACGAGGUCACGGCGGUGUUCGGUCUUCCCAGGGACUUCGAGGAGAACUACAUAGUGGGAAAGAAGAUCGGCGCGGGCAGCUUCGGGGUGGUCUCCCUCGUCAUUCACAAGCGGACAGGGCGGAGCUACGCCUCGAAGGCGAUCCCGAAGGUGCCCAGGAACAAGAAGUGCACGUCCAAGUAUCUUAAGAAGCUCCAGAACGAAGUAGACUCCAUGCGCCAGCUCGGCUCCUCGCUCUCUGCUGUCUUCCUCCAGGACGCGUUCGAGGACGACCACAGCAUAUACCUGGUGAUGGAGCUGUGCGAGGGCGGCGGGCUGCUCGACCGCCUCAAGUCCGGGGCGCUCCGGGAAAAGGACGUGUCGCGCAUCAUGAAGACGGUGCUGCAGUUCCUCGCGCAGUGCCACUCGCGGCACGUCGUGUACCGCGACGUGAAGCCCGACAACUUCCUCUUCCUCACCAAGGAGCACGACUCCCCGCUCAAGGCCACCGACUUCGGCCUGGCCAUCCGCUGGCGCCCGGGCGACGACCCGAUGACGACGCGCUCCGGCACGCCCGUGUACAUGGCGCCGGAGGUCGUCAUGCAGCAGUACAACGAGAAGUGCGACACGUGGAGCGCCGGGAUGCUCAUGUUCCAGCUCCUGACGGGCCGCUGGCCCUUUUGGGAGGACCUGAGCAACAUGACGCUGCAGGACGUGUUCCGGUCCAUCCUGCAGGACGACAUCGACCUCGACAACCCGGACUACCGCGACAAGAUCUCGCCGCCGGCGCGCGACCUGCUGUCGAAGCUGCUGGAGCGCGACUCUGAGGUCCGGCUGUCCGCGGUGGAGGCGCUCAGUCACCCGUGGGUGUCCGAGGUGGACGUCGCGUCCAACAUGCCCCUCGCGGGCUCGGUGGUGCAGCGCCUGCAGCGGUUCGCUACGUACGGCCACCUGAAGCAGCUCAUCCUGGGGCUGAUCGCGGAGAAGAUGCAGGGCGACGGGAAGCUCGCGUCGAUGGACCACCCCGCGCACCAGGAGAUGCUCGAGGCCAUCCAGGGGCUGUACGACGAGAUGAACGUCGGCGGCGGCGGCGCACUCACGCUGCUCGAGAUGACCGAGGGGCUGGCGCGGCAGGGGUACAACAUCACGGAGGAGGAGGUGCGGCAGCUGGUGGAGCGCAUCGACAUUGACGAGGACGGGUCGCUGCAGUACGGGGAGUGGCUGGCGGGGCUGAUCGACUGGGACGGCAUCAUGGAGGACGACCAGUGGGUGCAGUACGUCGGCGAGGCGUUCCGGCACCUCGACCGCGACGGGGACGGCCGCAUCUCGGCGGACGAGCUGCUGGACCUGAUCCCGGCGCGGUCGCGGACCACGCAGUCGCAGGACGAGACGAUGCAGGAGCUGAGCGCGCUGAUGCGCGAGGCCGACACGAACAGCGACGGGGAGAUCUCCGAGGGGGAGUUCUUCCGGCUGAUGACGCGCGGACCGCUGCCGGACGCGCUGGUGCAGUACGACGCACGCAUCGCGCGCACGCAGAGCGUGAUGGAGAGCAUCGACCAGCGGGACGUGCCCGCGGACGUGAGGAUGCGCGCCGGGUGA